CUCUCAGACCUCGAACAGCAGUGGUUACGGCCUUCUCAACUCAAGCUGCCAGACAUUACCGCCAAGAUGCAGCUCUCCCACCUUGUCGUCCUCGCCCUGGCUGCCGCCGAGCGCACCUCGGCAGCCAGCCUCCCGCUGCGCAUCACGAGCUUCAACAUCAGAUACGCAGCGUCAUCCCUCGAGUCCGGGGAGAAGCCCUGGUGGUCCCUGUUCUGCGGCAUCUGGAAGGACAUGUGCCGCGAGCCGCACACGACCGCGUACAUCCGGGACAUUGCCACGUCCACCCCGUCCGGCACGCCCGCGCUCUUCGGCCUGCAGGAGGUCCUCGACAACCAGCUCAGCGACAUCAAGAACGAGCUGGGCUCCUCGUGGCAGCACGUCGGCGUGGGGCGCGACGACGGCGCCAAGAAGGGCGAGUACAGCCCCAUCAUCUACGACGGCUCGGUCCUGCGCGUGCUCUACUCGGAGACCAAGUGGCUCUCGCCGACCCCGGACGUGGUCUCGUACGGCUGGGGCGCCGGGUCCCGCCGGGUCGUCACGAUCGGCGUGUUCGAGCACAUCGCCACGGGCAAGCGCUUCAUCCACGCCAACACGCACCUCGACAACGUCAGCUCCCAGGCCCGCUCCGAGGGGAUCAAGGUCGCCGUGGCCAGGAUCAAGGCCGUCCAGGGUACCUGGGGACCCCUGGGCGCCACGUUGACGGGCGACUUCAACUCAUCGCCCGGCGCGGAUGCCUAUUCCACGCUCUCCGCUACGGGUUAUCUGCAGGACCUGUGGGCGGCGGCGCCGCACGUGGGCGAUCUCGAGCUGACGUACACGGGGUUCAGCGGCGAUGCCAAGAGCAGGCUUGAUUAUAUCUGGUUCGGCCCGCUCAAUGAUGGCAAGUUCUCGGCUACCAAAGUCGAGGUGCGGGAGAACGUCAGGGAUGAUAUCCGUGUUAGCGAUCACCGGCCUGUCGUGGGCGAUUUGGUUCUGUUGUAAUGAAGCGACGGAAACAGUUGGGCAGAGCAGAGCACCUUGACGUUUGUGCACUGUUGUAACGUAGCAGGAGACAAAGUGA